AUGAGACGAGCGAGCGUCUUCUCAAAUGAGUCCGGAUCCACCGGUAGCUCACGGGUAUUCGUCUAUUUGGGUCUAGCCGUCAUCUCCCUCCUACUCUCGUACCAACUGCUUCUGAACCACGACUCGCUUGGUUCCAUCGCAUCUUGGAAGGUCGGAUCAGACGCCAUUGCCACUUAUGAUCCCGAUGCUGAUUAUGAUGGUGAUGGCUGGGCUGCGGCUGCUUUAAAUGGUACUGUACAGUCCAAGACUAGUGCCGUGCAGCAAGUGUACCCGACAAGAACGCCUGUUGCAGAUGCGGUUACCACACCAGCUUAUUCCGAUAUACCUAUAUCUAUACCCUUGCCUACGCCGAAUGAAAAAGAACUCGUCAUUGCGGCUAUGCGCAAGAGCGAUAUGUCCUGGGUGGACUUUGUAUCUCCGGAUUGGGUCUUGAAUAUCUAUCGGGCUGAUGUACCGAAAGGCGAAGCCGAAUUUACGGUUCCAGAAAAUAAAGGCAACGAAGCCAUGGUCUAUUUAACAUACAUUAUCGAUCGAUACAAUACUCUUCCCGACGUGACACUAUUCGUACAUGGCGGGCGAUACCAAUGGCACAACGAUAAUCCUCUCUAUGACUCCGUUAUCUCAAUAAACGACUUCCAAAUAGACCACGUCCGCAACACCGGCUACGUCAACAUGCGUUGCUCCUGGACAAUCGGCUGUCCAGCCGAACUCGAACCCGCCCGCUAUCUCCGCGAACGCCCCGACGACCAGAGCCAUCCCACCGCCAUGGAGUUUCCCCAUAGCUUCAUGGAACUAUUCCCCGGUACCGAGGUUCCCGAGGUUGUGGGUGUUCCGUGCUGCAGCCAGUUUGCAGUAUCGCGAGAGGCGGUUCGCGCGCGCAAGAAAGAGGAGUAUAUCCACAUGCGAGACUGGUUGCUUGCGUCACCGUUAGAUGCCAGUACUAGUGGGCGCAUCUUUGAGUAUUCAUGGCAUAUUAUGUUUGGCAAAACCUCGCAGUUCUGUGUUGAUUCUGCUGAGUGUUAUUGUAAUACUUACGGUUAUUGUAACAUGACCGAGGAUGAAUUAAGAGACCAAUGGGUUUUCAAAGGGUUAACGCUUCCGGAAGGUUGGCCUGCAAAGGGUUGGCCAGAGCCCGAGUCACAGCCACCGAACUAA